AUUAAAAAAAAAGAAAAAAAAAAGCGGAAAUAUCAGGGCGCCUUUCUUCAAAACAACACUGAACGAGUGUCUGGAAUGCCUUUUUGUUGGUUAUCAGUAACACAUUAUUUUAAUUUUAUGUCUCACUGAUGUAACUUAAAAGAAAAAAGUUGCAUUGACGUGUCAUUGUAAGCGUCAGUGAGAUAUUUGUGUAUUAUUAAACACCUAUCACAUGUUAUUCGGUGCCAUACAACCUAUCUUCAAAUAGUGCCACAAUGCCUCUGUUAACUCAGUCACAAGCCGAUGAUGAAGAGUACGUUUUAGUUGCCAGCUUGGACAAUGCUCGCAAUCUGUCCAACAUCCUGAAAGCCAUCACCUUUAAAGACCAUGCCAUCUUCAGCGCCACACCUACCGGCCUCAGGGUCACUGUGGAGGACUCCAAAUGUCUGCAAGCCAAUGCCUUCAUCCAGGCCGAGAUCUUUCAAGAGUAUACCAUAAAGGAGGAUUUGGUGGGGUUUCAGGUCAACCUCACCGUUCUGCUGGACUGCCUGAAUAUCUUCGGGGGAAGCACAGUGCCAGGAGUUUCAACAGCCUUGCGGAUGUGCUACAGGGGAUACGGUUACCCUCUGACCCUGUUCCUGGAGGAGGGUGGUGUUGUGACUGUGUGCAAAAUUAACACGCAAGAACCAGAAGAGCCCAUUGAUUUUGAGUUCUGCAGCAGCAACGUUACAAACAAGGUGAUCCUGCUGUCAGAGAGUCUGAAGGAGGCCUUCUCUGAACUGGACAUGACCAGUGAGGUUCUACAGAUCACCAUGUCCCCCAGCCAGCCAUACUUCAGAUUGUCUACAUUUGGGAAUUCUGGAAAUGCCCAUUACGAUUACCCCAAAGACUCUGACAUGAUGGAGCUGUUUAAAUGCACCAAGACACAAACCAACAGGUACAAGAUGUCCCUACUGAAGCCGUCCACCAAAGCUCUGGCUCUAUCCUGUAAAGUCUCUGUGAGGACAGACAGCAGGGGAUUCCUCUCUCUGCAGUACCUGGUCAGGAAUGAUGAUGGACAGAUCUGCUUUGUAGAAUACUAUUGUUGCCCUGACGAGGAGGUGGAGGAGGAGUGAUUCGACUCCACUUCCAUUCAAGCAGCGUAACUCCAGUGGAGCCUGUUUGCUUUAAAUGAGAAGAAAAAAAAAGUCUGCCAGAGGAGGCAGCAUGGCCAGUGGGGUUGCCUGAGGAAAACAGAGAGCUGGACCUCGGGCAGAAUGGACACAGUUGAAGGGUUGUGUGAUGAUCAGUCACCAAACAUUCAGAUUCGUUUUGAGCAGAUCCUCUGAAUGUGUGGAAGUUAAUGCCCCCCUCCCUGGUCUUAUGCACCUGGGUGAAUGACUGUCAUACUGACUUAAACAUUGCAGACUGAUGUAUAAAUUGAUAAUACAUAGUUCCUAUAAGAUGUAUUUACCCAGAAGACCUUGCGCAGGUGUUUCAUGGAACAUUCUGGGUGUACAAAUCUGUUAAAUGCUGUUAUUGAUCUUAUGUUUCUGGUAGUUCCUGCCUCCUUUUUUUUUCUGUAGACUCAUGCAGGUCGCUGUUAAGACAACCAAUAGAAAAGAUAUUUAGACUUCUGCUCUCUACAGGAUAUCAGUUCAUCAGUAGGACUUCACAUUUCUUACUGUAUAUGUUGACACCUUUGUUAUUCAGAAAACACCAGAUGAUAGUGACAGUAUGUUUGAAUUGUUUAAUUUCCAUGAUAUAUAUAAAACUACUGUAGUUACACAACAGCAAUAAACACGUUCUUCUUA